GGAGGAGGAAGGCCACGCUGGAGGUCGCGCGGCUGGGUGAUCGCCCCCGUGAAGGAUGCCGUGGGCAGAAGUCCUCAGACUCGGGGAUGGGCGGACGGACGGGCGAGAGGCGACCCUUGGAUCGAGACAGCAAGAAUCACUUGAUGAUUAGUCUUUCAGCAUAAUGGCAUCUGUAAACAGAAAGAGUGAAAUAAUUAAAAAACUUAAAACAGACAAACGUCUCCUGGAGGACAUAAACGAAAGGCGAGAAUCCAACUGCCUGGUGGAAAGAAGCAAUCAAGUCAGCUUAUUGAGAGUUCAAAAGAGGCAUUUCCACGGUGCCUACAAGUCCCUUACUCAUGACCAGGUCAAAGAAACUGUUCCCGACAGUGACAGGAGCUCUUGGGUCAAACUGAGUCUCUUCGUUCACAAGGAGAAAAGGCACUUUCCACCAAAAAAUAAUGCCAUAUUUGGAUAA